ACUUGGUUCAUGAGCAAGAGAAUAAAGCAGAUAAAAUAACUCUUUGUUUGCUAAGGUUUCACUUUUUCUGUGGGACAGUAGAACUGAAAGGAAAAUACAUUUACUGGAAUUUCGUACACAAGGCACCACCUAGUUCUAGUUUGGUAGGUGGCGUGUGCCAGUAUAAAAGUGCCACAGUGGGAGUUUUGUCCACAUACCGUCUGACAACAUGAAGGUCCUGCUUGUCACGCUGCUGCUCGUGCUGCUGUGUAGCACUCAAGUGCUAGCACUGAGAUGCUACACCUGUGAAGAUGAGAACGAUCACAUCUGUAAGAGCGAGACGAACUGCCCGGCAUCAGCUCAAUACUGCAAGACCUUUCAGAAACUGGAUGAACUUUCUCGAACUUGUGAGGAUUUCUGUGCAGAGGACUUUUAUACAACCUGCUGCCAAGAUGACCUUUGCUAGAUCCGAGGCAUCACUCAGCGUACACUUUCACUUUCUGAUUAAUCAAAAUCUUAUGAGGGAAUUAAUUGCUUAAAUCUGAACAUGAUGGAAGAUAAUUUGUUAGUAUAUAUGAUUUUAACGGGACAACCCUGUUUUUGAUUUGUCUUGACUUUCAAUGAAAUCUACAAAUGUUGAAUUGUUUAGCCUCUUUUCAUCAUCCAAUAGCCUUCUGUGCAAACUGCGCAACACACUGGUAGCCAGAUAGCCAGGAUUUUUUAAGGGACUAGAGCUGGAAGCAGAGCAGGCACACAGUUGAUCCCUUUCUCAUGUCACUUAGUGGGUCACUGCAACAGCCUACUGCUAUGUGGGUCGCUAUCUGACUCUGCUGCAGUGUAAAGUUUGACUCCAACUGCUUCCUCUGUUUCCAAAUCUUUAAAUAAUAAAAUAAAUAUGUAAAUUGAUCUCAUCAUUAUCGUUUGUUUCAACUGUUUUAUUUGUUAAAGAUGAGGAAAGAAAAAUCUCAUGUUCAUCUCACAGGUGACGCAAUAAAAAAUCCUGCCCAUGG